AUGAAGUUCAAAAACUCCACCACCGUCAAAAACGGCGAGGUCAGACAGCAAGUGGUGCUCACCAACUACGUCUUGGACUCGUCGUUGGUGCUUCUCCCUGGCAUCAUCUACAACGUCAGCUUUUCAAGAUUCAAGGCAGCUGCAUUGCUCUCCAGGUUUCGUGACAAAGUUGACUCGGUGCCUUUGGUCAAGAGCCUCUUGGGAGAAUACGAUUUUGACUCUGCUGCUUCGGAGUCGUCUGGCAUCAGCAACGAUGCUUCUGAAGGGAUCCAGCAUUUCUACAAUAUGGAGCAGCAGAUGAAGAACAAGGGCGUGCCUGAGGUCCACAACGUACAGCCGGCUUCUGAGUUCGACUGGCUUGUGUUGGCGAUUUCCCCAAAUUUGAGCAAGAUUCCAUCACCAAAAUCCAAGGCUGAGCUGGCGGUCGAGUCUUCCGAGGUUGCCACUAUAGUACGUGUUGUGGGCAUUGUUGACGAUACCACCAACGUGAAACUCACGUUGCAGGCGCUUCAGCGGGCUUCGAAGGUGCCUGGGUACAGACCCAACAAGCCUACGGAAACGUUGUUGAAGGUGCACUGGAACGAGAACAUUGACAACCCUGCGGCGCACUUACUGAAGCUCAAGUCGUCUACAAGCGUUUUGUUCAAUGCCAUCGACAGAUUUGUCACGGAGUACCGCCAGGCGUUGCAGAACAACGGCAAGAAUCUGGAAGAUAACAAGAAUGAUUUGCUCACGUUGAACCCUUUGGCGAACGCCUUGUUUUUACAGCUUGCUGGCUCGAAAGACUUUGCUAAGGCGUAUCAGAGCUUGCAAAAGAUAGUAGGUGGCUUGUCAUCAUCUGAAAAGUCCAACCCACGCAACUUGCUGCGUGUGGUGGAUUUGACAGCUGCCAUCAUUCCAUUCCCAAAUCACGAAAAGCUCAAAAUGCUUGGGACAGCUGCGUUGAAGGACAGGGUCGCCGAGAUCAAUGUCAUGAUCACCAAAAUGAGUGAGGUGUUUGGCGCCCUCAAGGAGAACAACAAGAUGGUAAACCAUUGGUUUUAUAAUGAGGCUUCCAACAUCCAAAGAGCCAACUUGGUGGCCAAUCAACUCAAGUCGAUUCGUGUUGUUUUGGAAGGGCUCACUUCGAAGGGUAACGGCAAUGAGAAUGGCGCAAACAAUCAAAGGGCCUUGGUGCGUCGUAAGAACGGAGCUGCUCCCAUCACCACAAGAAGCGGCGGUGCCAACGAUCCCGAGCCUGUGGAUGACGAGGAAGGCGAUGAUGACGACAUUCGUGCCAUUGCUAAUUUCAUCAAAAAGAGACUUCCUGAAAUCCAGUCAUUGAGCGAAGACAGUAAGCGCUUGAUAGCCAAAGACUUCAAGAGAAUCAAGUCCUCACCUCCAGGCAACGCCGACUUCCACGUCAUCAGGAAUUACUUGGAAAUUGUCAUGGACAUGCCUUGGGACAAAUUUGUGUCCAAAUUCAAGUCCAACAAGGACAUCGACAUCGCGGAGGCUAAGCGCCAGCUCGAUGAAGAUCACUACGGAUUGGAUCAUGUCAAGCAAAGGCUUACGCAGUACCUUGUUGUGUUGAAGCUCUUGGGCAUCAAUGCAGACAAGGAGUACGAAAAGUUGGGAAUCAAGGAAGCUCAAAAGGAGAAGGAGUUGCGUAAACAGCGUGAAAACAGAAAAUUCACAAGAGAGUCCAACAACGGAGAGGCCAUCAUCAUACCCAACAGCGACGAGACUAGGCGUGCCAAGGAGCAGGCAGAUAGCAGAAUAAAGAAAUCCAAAGACAUGACUAGCCUCGAGAAAGAGAGAGACGCCAAAAGCCUUCUCGCAUCGAAGAAUAACAGAUCCCCUAUCAUCAUGUUGGCUGGUCCUCCUGGUGUUGGUAAGACGUCUCUCGCGAAGCUGAUUGCCACAACUUUGGGAAGAAAGUUUCAGCGUGUUUCCUUGGGAGGUGUUAGAGACGAAUCUGAGAUUCGGGGCCAUAGAAGAACCUAUGUUGGAGCGAUGCCCGGUACAAUCGUCCAGGCUUUACGUAAGGCAAGAUCCAUGAACCCGGUCAUUCUUCUUGAUGAGAUCGAUAAAGUUGUGGGAGGAGCCAGCGGAGGAGCAAAGUUUAGUGGAGAUCCAGCGGCAGCAUUGCUUGAGGUCUUGGACCCAGAACAGAACAACCAGUUUAUGGACCACUACUUGGGCUUCCCCAUUGACUUGUCGCAAGUGAUUUUCAUUUGCACUGCCAAUGAGUCAUACAACCUUUCUAGACCAUUGCUUGAUAGAUUGGAGAUGAUUGACAUUGGCGCAUACGACUACAACGAGAAGCUCGUGAUUGGUCAGAAAUAUUUGUUGCCUAGGCAAACCAAGCGUAACGGUUUCCCUGAUGACACUUUGGUGAGCAUCGACGACGAAGUGAUGAAGAAAGUCAUUCUUGAUUACACUAGGGAGGCAGGAGUUCGUAAUCUUGAGAGGAAGUUGGGAACCGUUUGCAGGUUCAAGGCGGUUGAGUUUGCCAACAGUCUUAGCGAUAACUCCGUGCAAUACAACCCUCGUGUGGAGGAGUACGAUUUGGCCAAGUAUUUGGGGCUUCCUAUGCCCAACUUGAACAAUGAAAUUGUUGAAUUGCCGCUUCAGCUGGCCAAAUACGGAGUUGUCAACGGGUUGUCUUACAACACAGAUGGCUCGGGGUCUGUGUUGAUUUUUGAGAGCAUUGGGUUCCACAAUGACAAGGGAGGUACUUCGUUGAACAUGACAGGCAGGUUAGGCGAGGUGUUGAUGGAAAGUGCCAAGAUUGGUAUGACAUUCAUCAAAAACACUUUGUACAAAGGCUUGUGGAAUAUCGACAACACCAAGGAGGUUCUUGACAAAUUGAACAACUUGGAGAUCCACAUGCAUGUGCCUAGCGGAGCCGUUCAGAAGGAUGGUCCCUCGGCAGGAAUCACCAUGGCGCUUUCGUUUCUCUCGUUGAUCCUUGAGAGACCUGUGCCGCUGAAUGUUGCCAUGACUGGCGAAAUUACCCUUAGGGGGCUUGUGUUACCUAUUGGCGGACUCAAGGAGAAGAUGCUUGGAGCACAUCUCACGGGCCAGAUCCAGAAGAUCAUUGUUCCUCGGGAGAACAGAAGAGACGUGAUUGAAGAGUACGUGAAGAAGAUCAACGAGCCAAAGCGCAUGAACGAGCUUUUGCAAGACAACCAGGAGACAAACUUCAAGAACAGUGCACCCGAGGACUACUUCUACAACAAAUAUGGGGUCCGGAUCGUAUAUGCCAAAGAGUUCUGGGACGUGAUACGUCACGUGUGGGGCGAGGAGCUUCUUGUGAAGGUGGAGCAAGCCCGUAUGGACGAGUACCACUUGUGA